AUGGGGGCAGCAGAGACCGACUGUCCCUCCCUGUAUCCCCGUCAGCUUGGGGUCUUGGCUGUCACUCUCAGCAUCUGCGUCCAGGCAUCAUCUCAGCACAUUAAUGGCAAGAUCCAGAGAAUCCCAAUGAACGAGGUGGCACAGAGCCCCGCGUGCUUCUCCAUCCCGCGCCUUUGCCUGCGCAGACACCAGCAAGUCAGGAGCCUUCCCCCCUGUCCUGUGACUCGGCCCCGUCCCGUCCCCGCUGCCCUGCGCUCUGGGCCAGUGGCUCUACCAUGCUGCGGGGAGGCUCCCGGUGGCCAGCAGCGGGGCCCGGGGCAGGGCAUGGCGCCCCCUGCAGGCCCACAGCGUCCUCGCCGGCAGGACGAAGGUGCGAGAAGGAGAGCGGCGCGGGGCCGGCGGGGGAGCGGCGCGGGGGCGGGGCCGCGAGGGGGGCGGAGCCGACGGCGCCGGCGGGGCCGAGGCGAAGGCCAAAGGCAACAGUUCGCGACGGCGCCGGCGGCGCUGGGCACGCUCGCCCGGCCGGGGGCCGAUCUGCCCCUCAGGAAGCUGCCGUCCCGGCCCCUUCCCCCUCCCCUCCCCUCCCCCUCCCCCUCCCCGUCUUCCUACACCGCCUGCGCGGCGGCGGCGGCGGCGGCGGCGGCCGUGAUCGCGCCCACCGCCCCCGCCACGUCCAUCCCUGCCUGCUCGCCCGCCCGUGACUGUGGCGUCGGCGGCGGCGGCGGCGGCGGCGGCGGUGGCGGCUCUACCAUGGCGGCGGCGGGGAGGGGGGAGAGUAGUUGUAAAGUAGACACCCGCCCUUGCCUCAGAGAAGAUGUUUUUUGCAAUGAACAAGAAAAGGCUGAACAUUUUACAAAUAGAUUUUGUAAUGUUUGUGGAGUAGUACUACAGUUUGAAUCACAAAGGAUUUCACAUUAUGAGAGUGAAGAACAUGCUCAGAACGUCAGGUUUUAUUUUCAAAAGUAUGGAGAACAAAACGAACUGACUGGUAAGAAAAUGCAGAAGUUUAUUCGGAAUUUUCAGGUGCGUAGAAAUGAAGGCAGAGAGGAAAAUAAAUUUUGUGAUCUCUGCAACAUGGCUUUUAGGUCCUCAGUUGCUGCUCAGUCUCAUUAUAUGGGAGAAUCCCAUGCUAAAAAAGUAAAGCAGUCAAUGAAGCAGCAGCAUCACGUAACUCCACGAUAUCAACAACACAAAGCAGGUAUACCUAUUAUUACUUCUGCAGAGUCAAGUUUUCGGAAGUCCUCUGCUGUCAAGCCUCGUGCCGCAUUUAUUAUGAGAAACUACGUUUGUCAGAUUUGUCAUAUCACCUUUACAUCUUUAGAAACGUUCCAAUACCAUAUGCAAGGAAUUGAACAUCACACUAAAGAACCCGUUGUUACCAAUCUAGCUAAAAAGCCCAAAAAGAAAAAGAACUAUUACCAGGAUAGUUGUUCGAAUUACAUAAAAAUGCAGGAAGUCAGAGGAUCAGAGCCCAGGAUUUCCAGAAAAGUGGAAGAGAAUUCUUCGGAAAGCCAUAGAUACAGAAAAGUGGUUGGUUCCAGAUCCAGAUAUAGAGUGUCUGGAACAAGAUUUACAAGUCAUACUUUUCAGGAGCGCCCAAGACCAUACAAUAUUUCACAAACAUCAGAAAAACAGUUAUCUCAUCGCAUACCAGAUACUUCAAAGAAGACAUCUGACUCUUUUCAAGAUGAACUUGAAGAUUACAUCAAAGAGCAGAAAGCCAGAGGACUAGAUCCAAACAUUCAUUUCAGAAAGGUAAAAGAGGACUCUAAAGAAACACAAAAGUAUACUGAUUCUGGACACAGACAAAGAACACUUGAUCAAAAUUCUUCAUUUGAUACUUUCCAUACCUACCAACAACCAUACAGCAGUUUACCAGUAGUAAAACAGUUAUGUUACUGGCAACCAACUCAUUCAAAGAGAUCAUCUGAUUCUUUCCAAGAUGAACUUGAAGAUUAUAUCAAAGUGCAGAGGGCCAGAGGACUAGAGCCAAAGACUUGUUUCAGAGGGAUAAGUGAAAGUCCAAUGACAAUCCAUAAUAACAGAGAAGAUGUUAGUUACAGACCUACAGAUACAAUGGUUGAGCAGAAAGUCCCUUUUGGGACUUUUCAGUCAUAUCCAGAAUCAUACAAUAUUUCACGAGUAGUGAAGAACCAGUUACCUCCUCAGUGCUUACCAGCUCAUGACAGCAGAAAAGGACUAGACUCUUUGACUUACUCUCAAUCCACCAGAGACUAUUUCUCAGAAAAUGUGGCGUCUCUGACCCUUAAUCAGCAAAAAACUAACUCUGGCCCCAACAGGGUAGAAUAUGAAUUUGACAAACAUGUUUCCUCAAAAAUAAAUACUAGUGAUCUUCAAGUAGGAUAUAAAAGGAAACAUCAGAAGAGAAGCCACCAUGAAGAAUGCAAAGAAAAGUCAGAGAAGGAGCAAUCCAAGUAUAAAAGAAGAAAGGAUAAUGAGGAUAUGGAUCAACACGAGAUCAAGAGCAUACAACAAAGGGAAAAAGAGGGAGAUAAAAUCCAUUCAGGAAAAUCUAAACAUGAAAAGAAGAAAAAGAAACACCAUGUACACUCUGAGAAAGAGGAACGUAAGCACAGGAAAAAUAAAAAGAAAUCUGUUGAAGAAAAGUCAGAAGAAGAAAUGCUUUGGGAUGAGUCUAUUCUUGGAAUAACUUUAAGUUCAAUAUAUGAAGAAAUGAAGAAAUAAGAAUAUGGCAUCAGAUUAAAACAGAAACGUCAGUGAAGAAAAGAAGAGGUAGGUAUUUAGUAAGAUAAGGUGAGGUUGGUGUAAAAAUUUAAAUUAAAUUGAAAGAAGAAACAAUCCUAAAUUUACCCUCUUAAAAUGAGAUCAUAAGAGCACAUCCAAAACAUGAAAGAAGGAUACCCGUUGAAGAACAGAAUAACUACUUUAGGAUGUGUCUAUUGUAGUAAUUUGAGAUCAGUUAAUAAAAUAGGUUUAAACAAAAUCAAGAUGGAAAAAAGAGAGGAAGAUACACUACUCGUAAUUUCAGGAAAAUUAUUUUUUGUAAAAAAUUGAAAUUGUAUUGAAAGAAGAAGCAAAUAUGCCUAUGCCUGAUCUCUGAGCAAAAACAUAAAAAAACAAGGAAAGAACAUAGGGAACACAAUAAGACAUUUAAUUUUUGUUCCUUAAAGAAGGAAGUUGAAGAUUUUGGUUCAUCAAUUUCAUGUUACUUGAAUUUUGCUAAGUGGACACUUUAAUAACUUCUAACAAAAGGAAGUGAACAAAAAGUAUUCAGUACAUCUUUUAUUCUCAUUACUGUUCCUCAUUUUCUUUUUAAAAUAGAGAAAA